AUGUUAAAUCUAUUCGUUUUAUUUUCAUUUUGUUUUUUAAUAUCAAUUAAUGGUCAUGGUUAUUUAUUUGAACCAGUUGCACGUAGUUCAGCUUGGCUUGUUGAUCCAUCAUUUAAAAAAUGUUGUACUUAUUCUGGUCAUAUGGAAAUGUUUUGUGGUGGGGUUGGACAUCAAUGGAAUACGAAUGGAGGUAAAUGUGGUAUCUGUGGUGAACCAUAUGAUAGAGCAGUUAAAUUAUUUGAAAAAGGUGGAACGAUGUAUACAGGCAAAAUUGUCAAGACAUAUAUUCAAGGACAACAGAUUGAUGUUAAAGUCAAAUUAUCAGCAAAUCAUCAAGGUUAUUUUGAAUAUCGUUUAUGUAAUAUAGAUGAUAAUCCAAAUUUUGAUGCAACACAAGAAUGUCUUGAUCGUCAUUUAUUAACUAUUGCUAAUACAGAUUCAAUAAAAUAUCGUGAUAUUGUUCAACAUGGUUCUGACAUGAUUACUGUUCGUGUUCAACUUCCAUUAGAUGUUGCUUGUCAACAUUGUGUUUUUCAAUGGAAAUAUACAACAGGAAAUAAUUGGGGUCGAGAUCCUACUACUAAUAAAUCGGGUCCUGGUUUAGGAAGAGAAAAUGAAACAUUUAUGGGUUGUUCUGAUAUAAUUAUUGUGGCUAAUAGUCCAACUACUACUCUUCCACCAAUUUUAAUUAGUCCUACAACUACUAUGACAACAACAAGCAGUUUAACAUCAAAAUCGACAAAAUAUUGGUUAGUACCAUCACCAAAACAUUGGUCAGUAUUAUCAACAAUAAUGACAACGACUAUGACUAAUGCAAAUUUAUCCUCAUGGUCAUCAUUAUUGAUUGCUUAUGAAAGAGGUGAUGAUGUCAUUUAUAAUGGUAUGAAAUAUCAAUGUGUUACUUCUCAUCGAUCAUAUGCAGGUGCUGAACCAGGUCCUCUUACUUGGGCUUUAUGGCGAAAAAUUGAAUAA